AUUUCCCUCGCGAUUGUUCACACGUGGGUGAUUGACACAAGACAUCUUACUCGUAAGACCCAUCCAAUUAUGUUUGGGCAAAAAGUUUUAGGAUUGCUCGUGGUAUAUUGUAUGUGGACAUGUGCUAACAGUCAAGAUGUAGACGGCAGCUGGGGUUCGUGGAUGGAAUGGACAACAUGUUCUGUCUCGUGCGGCCAUGGAUACCAUGUUCGAUCACGAAUCUGUGAUGCUCCAGAACCUUCGGGAAAUGGAACUAAUUGUACAGGCAUAGACUAUGACACAAAACCAUGUGAAAUGUCGCACUGUCCAGUUGACGGUGAAUGGGGAGAUUGGAAUAAGUGGACCACAUGUUCUGCGAAAUGCGGAUAUGGUGUAUCAUUUAGAACUAGGGCUUGCAACAACCCAGCACCAGCGUAUAACGGUUCAGAUUGUACAGGUUCCAGUCAGGGAUUUACUAAAUGUAUAUUAAAGGAAUGUCCAGUUCCUGGAGGCUGGACCAACUGGUCUGAGUUUGGAGAAUGUAACAAUACUUGUGGCUAUAAACGCUACAAAGAGAGGACACGAAACUGUUCGAACCCUUUCCCGAUGUUUGGAGGUGCAGAUUGUGUGGGAGACAUGGACCAAUUUGAACUGUGCGAAUAUGUCGACUGCAAAGAUGGCACGUGGAGUGACUGGGCAUCAUGGGGAGAAUGUAGCGCCACCUGCGGUACAUCUGUUCAUUUCCGGUUCCGUAACUGUUCAUUUUCUGAAGAAAACAAUGGCACCUGUAACGGCCGUGAGUACGAGAGUGGACUUUGCUCGUCGUUUUGUCCAGUUGAUGGUAACUGGACAGCUUGGGCGAAAUGGUCAGCAUGCUCAGCAACAUGUGAACAAGGUACAAGAACAAGAGAUAGAAAGUGCGUUAACCCGGCACCAGCACAUGGAGGGAAAGAUUGUGAGGGUAUAAAGCUAGAGUCAGAAAACUGCACAAAUCCAACAAAGUGUCCUAUUGAUGGGGGAUGGACUGAUUGGGCGACAUGGUCAGACUGUGAUGAGACUUGUGGUGGUGGGUACCAGGUUCGAAUCCGUCGAUGUGCAAACCCCCCUCCGUACUACAACGGCAAACCGUGUUCAGGUUCGGACAUCCAAACUCAGGAGUGUAACAAAGACCCAUGUCCAGUAAACGGAAAUUGGACAGCCUGGUUCCCAUGGAGUUCAUGUUCCGUGUCUUGUGGAACUGGUACUCAAAGUAGGUUACGAACUUGCUCAAACCCCAAACCUGAUUUUGGUGGAGACUACUGCCAGGGUGACUUUGAAGAAACAGCUAAAUGCACAACCAUCGACGACCCUUCUUGCCCGGCUGAUGGCGGAUGGACGGGUUGGAGCAACUGGACAAGUUGUCAAGUUACAUGCGGCAAUGGAACACUAACACGGACAAGGAGUUGUACGAAUCCUGCCCCACGAGGAACCGGCAAGCCGUGUGUAGGUGCGAGCAUAGACAACAAGACAUGCAAUACUACUCAUUCAUGUCCAGUGGAUGGGAAUUGGUCAUCGUGGAGAGAAUGGUUUAGUUGCACUAAGACAUGUGGUGUUGGGAGUCAAACAAGACUUCGAACCUGCUCGAACCCAAAACCUGAGCAUGGAGGGAAGUACUGUCUAGGAGAUCCACAAGAUUACAAGAAUUGCACAGCCGCUUCUGCCUGUCCAGAUGGUGGUGACACAGCAUUCGUUGGAUAAAUUGUAAUAAAUCAUUACCAGAUAUACUUGGAUACUUUAUAAAACUUAUUUAAACUAAA